UAAAAUUUCAAUUUCAGCAAAUUCAAUUUCAAGUUUAAUUGUUGCAGUACAAACCCUUAGGGGAGGAAUUCUCUGAUUGUAAGUUAAAUACAAGAUAAUAAAACGAGAUUUUAAAGAAGAUCCAUCUAUCAAAAGAAAUUUUUUCGGAAAAGAAAUACUAUUUCUAAUAUUUUGAUAUUUCAGACAUUUUGGUGACCAACUUCAAACCAUUGUUUAUUUCAAACUGUUAUGUUAUUCGUUAUUUUUGAGGAAUUAUAUGAAGAACAAAUGUUGGGAUUGGAUCAUUCGUUGGUACACCUGGACUGUUCUCAACUCUUCUACUCAAAUAUCCUUCGGGAAUCGACAACUUGUUUGGUCUACUGA